AACAUUUGAUAUAAUUAAUGAGUGGAAAUAUAUUGACUUUGAAUAUCCAACAUUUGUCGAAAGACAAUUGGCCAUAAUGAAUGGCGACUUUAUUCCAAAGAAUAACUUGCCUUUGGGAAUUGAUGUAUUUCGAAACCGCCUGUUCAUCACAACACCGCGCUGGAAGGAUGGUGUGCCAGCGAGCUUAGUGACCGUACCAUAUCCGACAAAAGAGAUAAGUCCUGCAGUUCGUCCGUAUCCCAAUUGGCAGGCACACAGUAGUCCCUACAAUCCCGACUGCUCCAAACUAAUAUCGGUUUACCGCACUACAGUUGAUGUUCAAUGCAAUCGACUUUGGCUCAUUGAUUCUGGCAUUGUGAAUGCUACGAUCAGUUUAAAUCAAAUAUGUCCACCUAAAAUUGUGGCCUUUGAUUUAAACACCGAUGAAAUGGUCGUCCGAUAUGAAUUGCCAGCAUCACAAGUUAAACAGGAUUCAUUGCACUCAAAUAUUGCAGUCGAUGUCAGGAACGGAAAUUGUUUAGAUGCCCAUGCUUUUGUUACGGAUGUCUGGCGUUUCGGAAUUGUUGUCUAUAGCUUGGAAAAGAACAGAAGUUGGCGUGUGACGAAUUUCAAUUUCUCACCCAAUCCAGUGGCUUCAGAUUUUAAUAUUUAUGGCUUAAACUUUCAAUGGUUGGAUGGAGUUUUCGGCAUGAGUCUCUCGCAUGAUCGCCUAUUAUAUUUUCACCCGAUGGCCAGUUUUAAGGAAUUCAUGGUGCCGGUUGAUCUGCUAAUAAAUGAAUCUCUUUGGACAAAUGGCACUGUGGACACAGCCAAACUAUUCGUUACGGUUGGUGAUCGAGGAUUCAAUGGCCAAUCUUCCACAUCUGGAAUUGCCAGAAAUGGAGUGAUGUUCUUCACCCAAGUGCAUCGGGAUAACAUUGGAUGUUGGGACACAGCUAAACCAUACACUAGAGCAAAUUUGGAAUCACUUCUCGAUGCUGAUAAUUCUUCCAUGUUGAUUCAAUUCCCGAAUGAUUUGAAAAUUGACCGCAAUGAAAGGCAAGGCGUAUGGGUAAUGAGUAAUCGUUUACCGAUUUACUUAUAUAGUCAACUGGAUUACGGAGAUAUAAACUUUAGAAUUUUAAGAGCAGAUGUCGACAACAUAAUUGCCAAUACCAUUUGUAAUCCUAUUUCCGAAUCGGCCAAUAAUGAAAAAAUCGCUCUUGUGUCAAUAGAAGAAGGUCAAUGCUAUUAAA